AUGGCUGUGAACACGGGCACUUCCCUGGUGCUGUCCAGUCUGCUGUGUGUGCUGGUGUUUGCUGGGAUGCAGAUGUUCAGUAAACAGCUGGGCUCCACAGAGUGGCUCACAAUUCUGGGAGGGUUCCUCGGUUCAGUCCUCUUCAUCUGCUCCCUCACUGCAUUUAAUAACCUUGAAAAUCUUUUCUUUGGAAAAGGAUUUCAAGCCAAAAUCUUUCCAGAGAUUUUGGUGUGUUUGUGUCUCUCCCUGUUUGCCUCUGGUCUGGUUCACCGCGUUUGUGUUACUACUUGCCUGCUGUUUUCCCUGUUUGCGCUGUACUACAUCAACAAAGUGUCUGCGGCCCUGUACCAAGCAGCUGCCCCCACGAUGAUACCGGCUAAAGCUGCGAGCAAGAGCAAGAGGAAGAACUGA